AUAAUGGAGGACAGACUUUGGCAGGUGGGAAUAACUGGCCACUGAGAGGAAGAAAAUGGACCCUCUGGGAAGGAGGAGUGAGAGGAGUAGGCUUUGUUGCAAGUCCUUUACUGAAACAAAAAGGUGUAGAAAGCCAUGAACUCAUCCAUAUCUCUGACUGGCUGCCAACGCUGGUGCACCUUGCUGGAGGACAAACCAAUGGUACUAAGCCUUUGGAUGGCUUUGAUGUUUGGAAAGCUAUCAGUGAAGGAAGACCUUCCCCCAGAGUGGAGCUGCUGCAUAACAUAGACCCCAUGUUUGUGGAUGACUUCCCAUGUCUUGGUAUUGACAACAGGACGUCUUUCCCACAGAGCAAUUCUUUUCCAUGGGAUGAUACACUUUUCAAUGUAUCUAUGCACGCAGCAAUCCGACGUGGAAAAUGGAAGUUACUAACUGGAUAUCCAGGCUGCAGUCAUUGGUUCCCUCCACCAUCUUUGUUCAAUGAGUCAAUGAUUCAAUCGUCUGAUCCACCAACAAAGAGACUUUGGCUGUUUGAUAUUGUUCAUGAUCCUGAAGAGAAAAAUGAUUUAUCUGAAAAAUAUCCUCAUGUGGUAAAAAAACUGCUCUCACGGCUUCAGUAUUACUAUAAAGGUUCAGUGCCUGUGUUCUACCCUGAUGAGGAUCCCCACUGUGAUCCAGCAGCAACUGGGGCUUGGGGUCCUUGGGCAUAG